AUGAAGGAUAACAAAACUGUUGAUGAAUACUUUGAAGGAACCUUAGCCAUUGCAAACAAGAUGUUUUCUCAAGGUGAAAAAAUGGAGAAAACCACCAUUGUUGAGAAGGUGUUAAGGUUCAUGACCACAAAAUUCAAUUAUAUGGUAUACUCCAUAGAAGAAUUGAAUGAUGUUUCAGAAUUGUCCUUUGAUGAGUUACAGAGCAGACCCUUUGUGCAUGAGCAAAGAAUGAAGAUCAAUCAAGAGAAUGACGAUGAACAAGUGUUAAAGAUUGUAGGUUACAACCGAGGUGGUGUUAACAAUCGAGGUAGAGGGCGUGGUGGUUCUCAACGUCGUGGUAGAGGAAGACAGAGUAAAGAUUAG